AUGUUAGAACGGGGCUACUUUUCCCAGUUGCUUCACGCAAAGCAAUACAUCGACAAUAACCUUACCCAACUCCGAGGCUACGAACUACCAAACUAUAGCUUUCAAUCCUUCAACUGGGCCCAAAUCGACCUAGCCUGGCAAAUCCUCCGUUACACCGCCGUCUUCUGCCUUGACACCCGCAAAGCCGUCCCCCACUGGCCUGAAGUUUACAAGAACCACCUCGUCCCCUUGAGCAUCCACGUCCUCACCACCAUCCUCGACGUCCUCCGCUACCACAUCUACGCCCUCGAUGGCCCCGUGCAACCCAAUCUCCUCGACCUGUAUUUGAGCCUUUCGCUCUCGGUCUCCUCGCUGCAAUUCUUGUCGCUGGUCAGGGUGGGGGGCCCGAUUUCCGUGCGUUCCAGUUUCCAAAGUGUGGCCAUUCUGCGGAUUAUUCUUAGCACGGCUGGUUACGCACGUGACGAUGCGGAUUUGCAUCGGGCGUCUGUGAAGUUGAAUAGUGUGUUUUUCUGGGCGAGGGCUGCGGGACCAGUCAUAAGGAGGCUGAAAUUGUUUGACUUGCACCGGCAUAUUUACGCGACCCAGAUCUUUUGUUGUCUUGUGUUAGGAAUGGCGGAGACGGGGUUGCCGGGGUGGAUUUACAUCGCUCUUGCGACCUUCUGCCUUAAUGCUGCUGUUAAUAGGUGGACAGGGAAUCGGAUCCGGGAAAGUGGCCUGAACCAGAGUAACCUGUUGGUUCGCACCUUGGUUAGUAUUGGAUGGGCCGACUUAGACGCGCUGAAGAGCAUCACUGGAGGCGAGGAAUCUCCAGCGCCAGAUCCUGAUCCCAGUUUGGAGAAGAUGGAGAAGGUAGAAUAG